AUGAUAAGUGUAAUUCUUAUGUCCCUAGUUUUUUUUCUUCUCGUUUCACAGUUCCUAAAAUUGCAAUGGAAAACUCGUGGAUUUCCUCCUGGACCAACCCCAUUUCCCAUCAUUGGAAGCAUGUGGUGGAUAAAUUUCAGAGCAGAACAUGGGAGCCUGAAAAAGCUGGCAAAAACCUAUGGCAAUGUCUGUACAUUGUGGCUGGGUAGCAGACCUAUAGUGGUGUUGUAUGGAUAUCAAGCUGUAAAGGAUGGUCUCACCACCAACUCAGAGGAUGUUUCUGGGCGACUACAGACACACAUCUUCAACAAAAUGGCAAAUGGAAAAGGUAUCCUGGUCUCAAAUGGUCUCAUCUGGAAACACCAGAGACGUUUUGGAAUUGGAUCUCUCCGAAAACUGGGAAUGGGGAAUAAAGGAAUGGAGCGUGGGAUACAAACUGAGGCCUCUUACCUUGUUGAGUUCUUCAAGGACAAACAUGGAAGAGCUGUCGACCCUUCCUUCCCCAUUGUCCAUGCUGUCUCUAAUGUGAUCUGUGCUGUGGUUUUUGGACAUCGUUUCUCCAGAGAGGAUGAAACCUUCUGCCAGCUGAUGGAAGCAUACAGUUGUAUUGUGGCUUUUGGGAACAGCUACAUUUAUUAUGUAUGUGAAUUGUUCCCAUGGGCUACAGGGCUCCUCCCAGGACUUGUACAGAAAGCAGCAUCUUCCUGUGAAUUUGUCCGUGCUUUCAUAAGACAGGAAAUCCAAAACCACAGGGAAAGAGGCACAAUAGGUGAACCACAAGAUUUCAUUGAUUUUUACCUGGAUCAGAUAGAGAAAACUAAAAAUAUCCCCAACUCUACAUUUGAUGAAGACAACAUGGUGCAGUCUGUUUUUGACCUUUUUCUGGGUGGCUCAGAGACCACUGCCACCACUCUGUGUUGGGCACUGCUCUAUAUGGUGGUUUACCCUGACAUCCAAGAAAAAGUUCAGAAAGAGCUAGAUGCUGUUUUGAGUCCCUCCCAUGUAUUAUGCUAUGAGGAUCGGAAGAGACUGCCUUAUACGUAUGCUGUGAUUCACGAGAUCAUGCGCUUUGGUAGCAUUGUUUUAAUCACAAUUCCUAGAGAAGCAGUAAAGGAUACAAAUCUUUUUGGAUAUCAUCUUCCAAAGGGCACUAUGAUUAUGGCAAAUAUAGACUCUGCUCUUUUUGACCCUGAAUAUUGGGAGACCCCUCACCAGUUCAACCCUGGUCAUUUCUUGGACAAGGAUGGAAAUUUUGUGAUCCCAGAGGCCUUCUUGGCCUUCUCAGCAGGCCACCGUAUGUGUCUGGGAGAGGUGCUGGCAAAGAUGGAGUUUUUCAUCAUCUUCUGCAACCUGUUGCAGACAUUCAAGUUGACUGCACCAGAAGGAGUUAAGAAACUCAACACAGACAUGAUCUUUGGGAGCACAAUGAAACCCCAUCCAUACAAGCUCUGCGCAGUUCUUCGCUAA